AUGGUUUUCUUGUCUUGUUCCCAGCCCCUUCGCUACGUUGUUAUGCCCAAACACUCUGACAGGAAAUGCCAUGUGAUGAAAACCCUGAAACAUCAGGCGCUAAGGCUGAGGAUGAAACAAACCAGUUCUCUUUGGGUGCCUUCAAAGCAUAUGUUUCCUGUCUUGUGGGGCAAGAAGCUAUCAGUCGCCAGUGAAGGAUGCAUUUUCCAGCCUAAGUUGUUCUCAACUUGCUCUUUUGAUGAUGCAAUUCUUGGAAGCAGCUUGGUUUCGCAGUGCCUGGAUUCGCAAGAGACCUUCGUUGCUACAGAACAUUAA